UCACAAAUUGCCGCUCGACAUGAAAAUAAGUCUCAGAUACUUGUUCCUGCUGUUAUUGUGGGCUUUCGGCUACGAAGCUACGCCCAUUGGCACGGGUACAGGCACAGGUACAGGUACAGGUACAGGUACAGGUACAGGCACGGGUACAGGUACAGUUCUCGAGAAGCACACUGCGGAGAACUUCACUGCAAUCGGCGACAAGUUCUACUACAUUGAGGAAUCGUCGCGAGUCAAUUGGUUCCAGGCGGGCAACAUUUGCCGCCAGCUCGGCGGCUUUCUGGUGAACCUGGAGCGUGAGGAGGAGCUGCAGGCGCUUAGCCCACAUCUGCAUCCGUCGAAGAGCUACUGGCUGUCGCUCUAUGACCUGGGCGAACCGGGCGUAUACGCAUCACAGGCCACCGGCGAAGAUGCCCUGUUCCUCCGCUGGUCCGCCGGCCAGCCGGACAACAUUGGAGGCGUGGAGCACUGCGUGGAGCUCUGGCUGUCGGGCAACACAUUUCAAAUGAACGAUGCGCAAUGCGAGCUGGCCUUUCAUUUUGUAUGUGAGUCGGGUUAGUCGGCUUGGGAAUACUUACAGCCCGGCUGGAUGCCCUUGCUGCGCACCGUGCGAUAGGGUUGUCGCGCUCCGGGAUCGAUUUUUCCAUACAUUGUUCUAUCCAUUUUUUAAAAAACACUUUGAUAUUUAGCUGCAUUUAAAAAAGUCAAUUAAAAAUCGAUUGGAAAUAAAUCUGCUGCAAAUGCAGCUCGACUCCUUUCAA